AUGCCAACUCAAGAAAGACAAAAUUCGACUUUUAAUACAUUUUUCAAAAAAAAAAGCUCUCAAGAUCCUUCAACCAAAGAAAGUCACCAAUCGGUCAAACAACUGAAAAUUCGCGUUGCCUUUGGCGUAAUUCUUACAUUGAUUACUAUUGUAUUACAAUGUGUGGCAUUUUUUACACCGCAUUGGAAAGAAGUGUCUGCGAAAAGUCAGUCGUUACAGGUCGGUAGUAUUGAUGCACUAAUUCGAACUGAAGUCUUAGUAUAUUUCAAUGCUGUUCAUCGUUUCACUCGUCAUUCAUAUGGUUUACUUCACCGAUGUGAAUAUAUUUCCAAUAACGCGACAAAACUCAUCAAACCUAAUCUCGAUCCGAAUAAACAAACGAAAAUCUGUUCGAAGAACUUCCUACCUUCAUUUGAGGACAAUCAAUUUGAUCAAUGUCAUAGCUUAGAGUAUUAUCAAUUCUGUUCGAAAGCGAAUGAAAAACGAUUUAAUAUUGACAAUGAUUAUCUUCUCGCAACAUUCGAUAUUCUCUCCAAUUCUAAACAAACACGCGAUCUAUCAUCAUCGUGCGAUUGUCAUUAUCCGGAAUACGUUAACGCAUGCCAUAUACUUCAAUACUUUGCGCUAACAUUUCUAUUUUCGACGUCAAUACUCUUUGGUAUUUUUCCUUUUAUUAAAACUUCACAUAACCGUCUAAAAGUGAAAUGUUUUGGUGUCCUAUCAUCGAUCCUGGCAAUGAUAUUCAUGCUUACUAUUCUACUCGUUGCACUCAACUAUUUUCAAUACGAACCUGCUGAAUAUGUCAAGGCCAUCGAGAAACAUUAUCAUGCAAGUCAAAUUUAUAAGUUAUCUAUUGAUGCAAAAACCGCACUUAAUCACUUUCUUUCCAAUAUUCAAGUAGAAACUGGAUACUCCACAAUCAUCGCAUGGAUUGCUUUUAUUAUGUCCAUUAUUGACGGGAUUUUAAUCAUGUUAACAUGUAAGAUACCAAUAGAUAGUCCGUUUAUAGAUGAUCCCAAUACACCCACAAAUGCUGCCAAAAGUCAAGAAUCGCAAGCAAGAAGAAGUCUAUUACCAGAUCACGACUUUGCUCCGAUAUUGCCACCCGAGAUUGUGGUUAAUAAUUCUGACGAACACACAUCUAUUCCGCGUUCGUAUUCGAAAGAAUAA